ACCGUUGAUGUCUAUAGCGCGGUGCCCGUGACCCGGAAGAGCAUUCUCCUUAGCAACUGCAGGACCGCGGUGGCGCCGGCCUCACGGGAGCAACGUGACUACUGAUCUGCUCAAGCAGGAAGGACUCUGCGCUGAGUAGUGGAGACUCCCCAGAUCUGGAGAGAAGAGGCAAUCCUUGGAAUCAGUAAUGAGUCAUCCUGACUACAGGCUGAACCUCCAGCCCCUGGGGACUCCCAGAGGUGUAUGCUCUGUGGUUGGCCCACAUGGUGUUGGUGCUUCACCAAGUGACAAAAAGUCAAAGAACAAGUCCAUGCGAGGGAAGAAAAAGAGUGUGUUUGAAACCUACAUGUCCAAGGAGGAUGUUUCAGAAGGCUUGAAGAGAGGAACCCUGAUCCAGGGUGUAUUGAGAAUUAAUCCAAAGAAGUUUCAUGAAGCUUUCAUUCCUUCCCCGGAGGGUGACCGAGACAUUUUUAUUGAUGGAGUCAUCGCUCGUAAUAGAGCCUUGAACGGGGAUCUGGUGGUGGUGGAACUGCUUCCUGAGGAACAGUGGAAGGUGAUUAAACCAGAGAGCAAUGACAAAGAAACAGAAGCUGCAGAUGAAUCAGAUAUCCCUGAGGAGCUCUGUACACACCACCUCCCACCCCAGUCCCUGAAAAGCUGUGAUGGGAAUCCUGAUGUCAUUAUAGAGGCUCAGUUUGAUGACGAUGACUCAGAAGAAGGACAUGGAAAUGCACAAAAUGUGCUGGCCGAUGGUGUUAAGAAACUUUCAGUUUCUGUUCAGGAAAAAGGAAAAGAGAAAACUGGUGCAGCAGUUACAGAAGAGGAGAACAUCUCCACAUCACAAGACACAAGAGUUUUUGCAGAGAAGUCACUGCAAAAAUCAGCAAAGGUGGUUUACAUUUUGGAGAAAAAACAUUCCCGGGCAGCAACUGGCUUCCUCAAACUCUUGGCUGACAAGAACAGUGAGCUGUUUAAGAAAUAUGCCCUGUUUUCUCCUUCAGACCACCGAGUGCCUAGAAUUUAUGUGCCUCUCAAGGACUGUCCCCAGGACUUUGUGACCCGGCCUAAAGAUUAUGCCAACACCCUGUUCAUCUGCCGCAUCGUGGAUUGGAAGGAAGACAGCAAUUUUGCCCUGGGGCAACUGGCUAAGAGCCUUGGGCAGGCUGGUGAAAUCGAGCCUGAAACAGAAGGAAUACUAACAGAAUAUGGUGUGGAUUUCUCUGAUUUCUCAUCAGAAGUUCUAGAAUGUCUUCCUCGGGGCCUGCCCUGGACAAUUCCACGAGAGGAGUUCAGCAAGAGGAGAGAUUUAAGGAAGGACUGUAUCUUCACCAUUGACCCUUCAACUGCGCGAGACCUCGAUGAUGCCCUCUCCUGCAAGCCACUUGCUGAUGGCAACUUUGAAGUGGGAGUUCACAUCGCUGAUGUGAGUUACUUUGUUCCUGAGGGAUCUGAUCUGGAUAAAGUAGCAGCUGAGAGAGCCACUAGCGUCUACUUGGUACAGAAGGUGGUACCCAUGCUUCCCAGGCUGUUGUGCGAGGAUUUAUGCAGCCUCAAUCCUAUGACUGACAAGUUGACCUUCUCUGUGAUCUGGACGCUGACUCCCAAGGGCAAGAUCCUAAGUGAAUGGUUUGGUCGGACCAUCAUUCACUCCUGCACCAAACUGAGCUAUGAGCAUGCACAGAGCAUGAUUGAGAGCCCCACGAAGACAGUCCCUGCCCAGGAGCUCCCCCCGAUUGCUCCGGAGCACACCAGUGAGGAAGUACACCAGGCCAUCUUGAAUCUCCACGGCAUCGCCAAGGAGUUACGCCAGCAGCGCUUUGCAGACGGUGCGCUCCGUUUGGAUCAGCUAAAGCUUGCGUUCACUCUGGACCAUGAGACUGGAUUGCCUCAAGGAUGUCAUGUCUACGAGUACCGGGACAGCAACAAGCUCGUGGAGGAGUUCAUGCUCCUGGCCAACAUGGCCGUGGCCCACAAGCUGCACCGCACCUUCCCCGAGCGGGCCCUGCUGCGCCGGCACCCACCGCCCCAGUCGAAGAUGCUGCGGGACCUGGCAGAGUUCUGUGACCAGAUGGGGCUGCCCGUGGACUUCAGCUCCGCCGGGGCCCUCAACAAAAGUCUGACAGAAACAUUUGGAGAUGACAAGUACUCUCUGGCCCGGAAGGAAGUGCUCACCAACAUGUGUUCCCGGCCCAUGCAGAUGGCGCUGUACUUCUGCUCGGGGGUGCUGCAGGACCCCACGCAGUUCCGGCACUACGCCCUCAACGUCCCGCUCUACACGCACUUCACCUCGCCCAUCCGCCGCUUUGCUGACGUCCUGGUGCACCGCCUCCUGGCCGCCGCUCUCGGCUGCAGGGAGCUGCCGGACCUGGAUGCCGACGCCCUCCAGAAGCAGGCCGACCACUGCAACGACCGCCGCAUGGCCUCCAAGCGCGUGCAGGAGCUCAGCACCGGCCUCUUCUUCGCCAUCCUGGUCAAGGAGAGUGGCCCCCUGGAGUCGGAAGCCAUGGUGAUGGGCGUCCUGAGCCAAGCGUUCGACGUGCUGGUGCUGCGCUACGGGGUGCAGAAGCGCAUCUACUGUAACGCACUGCCCCUCCGGUCCCACCACUUCCAGAAGGUGGGCAAGAAGCCAGAGCUCACACUCAUCUGGGAGCCCGAGGAGGAAGAGCAGGAGCCAGCCCACCAGGUCAUCACCAUCUUCAGCCUGGUGGAGGUGGUGCUGCAGGCUGAGGCGGCAGCCCCCAAGUACAGCGCCAUCCUGAAGCGGCCGGGCACCGAGGGCCUCCUGGGCCUGGAGGAGGAGGGCGCCGACGAGAGGGAGGACUGAGCCCCUGCGCCUUCCCACGCCCCACUCAGCCCGUCGGCUUUUAGGAGUAGGACCUCUCCACACCAAAGGGGAUUUUUAAUUUGUUUGGCUUUUAACAACUCAGGGUUUUGUUUUUACCUUUUUUUUUUU